AUGAAGGAAGUGCAAAGCGCAGUUUUGAGUGGAUGCUACAUUCCACAUCACGCAGUCUACAAGGCGACCAGUUCGACUACGAAAACCCGCGUUGUCUAUGACGCGUCAGCGAAAACAACAUCAGAUAUUUUGUUCAACGAUGCAGUUUCAGUGGGUCCUACUGUACAGAGUGACCUGCUGACGAUAAUAUUGCGUUUCUGUAAACACAAGGUGGUUCUGACGGCGGACAUCCCCAAGAUGUACCGCCAGAUUCGAAUGUUUCCAGAAAACUGUCGCUUCCAAAGAAUUUUGUGGUGGAACGUCAAUGGAGAAGAAAGAACUUUUGAGCUUCAAACGGUGACGUAUGGGGUCGCAAGCUCACCUCAUCACGCCACACGAGUACUCCUGCAGUUGGCGAAGGACGCAGGACAAGAAUUCCCUAUAGCUGCGGACAUUAUAGAGAAUAACAGCUAUAUUGAUGACUUCCUUACGGGAGGAGAGUCCAUCGAAGAUGUUGUCACCAUUUAUCAUCAGCUUUCAGCAUUACUAGCGAAGGGUGGAUUCGGAGUCCAUAAAUUCUGUUCUAAUAGCGCUGAAGUACUUGACGCGAUUCCGGAACACCUACAUGAGAAACAAGUUAACUUCCAAGAAACUGGUGUAAACAAUACCAUCAAGGCAUUGGGGCUCAUCUGGAAUCUAACGGAUGAUUAUUUCGGAUUUCACGUUAACCAAUCAGAAUAUAGGAUGUCGAUAACGAAGCGAGCUGUUUUGUCGGACAUUGGACGUUUGUUCGACCCACUUGGGUUUCUUGGUCCCACCAUCACUGUGGCCAAGUUGCUCAUGCAAGAUUUAUGGCGUCUGGGUUUAGACUGGGAUGAAAUACUGCCUGAAGAGUUGUUGCAGAAUUGGAGAAGAUUCCAGGAACAGCUAUCGUAUGUCAACCAGAUUCGUAAGCGGCGUCUAGUGGUACCAGCAGGUUCAGCAAGAGUCGAAUUACACGGCUUCUCAGAUGCAUCAUUGCGUGCGUAUGGAGCGGUGCUGUAUAUUAGGACUAUCGCCAAGGAUGGAACGGUCACCGUUGGCCUAGUCGCAAGUAAAUCACGGGUAGCGCCCUUGAAAUCGUUAACGCUACUUGUGGAACUGGCAGACAAAAUAGUAUCAUCGAUGAAUGUUCAGUUCGAUGAGGUGAAAUAUUGGUGUGAUUCCCAGAUUGUUUUAUGUUGGCUUAAAAAACCUCCGACAGCAUUGAACGUAUUUGUUGCCAACCGUGUGGCAGCGAUUUUAGAAAUGACGAAUGUCAACCAAUGGCAUUAUGUGCGGUCGGAAUGCAACCCAGCCGAUAUUAUAUCCAGAGGGGAGCAUCCGGAGGGUUUGUUGAAAAACAGUCUUUGGUGGACCGGAUCACCAUGGCUGUCACAACCGCUUGUAGACACAAUCGUUCCUGACCCACUGGACGAAUCAGCUAUACCGGAGCUAAAGCAAGUAAGCGUUUUAACAGCUACUAGUGCCCGAUCCAAAGUGCAACUCAAUAGGGUAAGCCACUACCGCAAAUUGAUACGAGCUUGGGUAUAUGUCCGGCGAUUUAUAACUCCAAGACGCAGUCAACUAUUGAGCACACCGAUAACAGCAGAUGAAAUGUUUGUUGCCGAGAGAACAAUUCUACGUAUCCUGCAGGAGGAGGUAUUUGGCGAUCUUCUGCGCAUCCUUCAACACACGCCUCUCAAACGCGGAUUGUUAGCUAUCGUACGUGAAUGUUAUUGGCCGCUGCGUGUCAAAACGCAAAUUAAGAAGAUCAUAGCAUCGUGUCAACUUUGUGUCAAACAUCGUCCUGUCCUGGGCAGUCAACUCAUGGGAAAUCUACCCGAAUCACGCGUCAAUCCGGCGCCUGUAUUUUCUAAGGUGGGUGUUGACUAUGCGGGACCCUUUUUGCUGAGACUAAGCCAAAGAAGUCCGAAGACAUGCAAGGCAUACGUACUGGUUUUUAUCUGUAUGGCAGUUAAGUCAAUUCACAUGGAGUUGGUAUCAAGCUUGACAACUGAACACUUCAUCGCAGCCCUACAUCGUUUUGCCAGCCGCCGUGGAUUGCCCAGUGAUGUGUUUUCGGACAACGGUACAUCGUUCGUGGGAGCGAACCACGAAUUAGCAGCUCUACGACAACUUUUCGAAGACGAAUUACAUCAGCGGAAGCUGGCCGAGUUUUGCUCAGUGAAGGGUAUACGUUGGCAUUUCAUUCCCCCACGAAGUCCACACUUUGGGGGAGUGUGGGAAGCCGGUGUAAAAUCUAUGAAGUUUCACUUCAAACGAGUUAUCGGCGAAACACGACUAACGUACGAGGAAAUGAUUACGUUCUUGGCACAAACUGAGGCAAUAUUAAAUUCUCGUCCAUUGUGCCCGCUUUCGGACGACCCGAAUGAUACUGCAAUUUUAACGCCAUCCCAUUUUCUCAUCGGCCGGUCAGCGAUGGCACUUCCUCAGCCCUCUUAUACCAACGAAAACGAAGGAAGACUCAGCAGAUGCGAACAUCUUCAGCAGAUGAUGCAACACUUGUGGGGAAGAUGGUCAUCCGAGUACCUUCACCAUCUCCAGACAAGACAGAAAUGGCACACCGGGAACGUCAAAAACUACAGAAUCGGUGCUUUGGUGUUGCUUCUAGACGAAAAUCUACCACCUCAACAUUGGCGUCGCGGUCGCAUCAUUGCGACUCAUCCAGGACGAGAUGGAGCAGUUAGAGUGGUCACCGUCAAGACUGGAUCCGGGGAGUUCAAGCGAUCGGUGACAAAGAUCGCUGUGUUGCCUUCGGUUGAGUCUGCCGAUUUUGACUUGUUUGCACACCCGAGAAUUAACUGCAAAAUAGACACAUAA